CUCAACACACUGACGUUAAGAUUCUGUUAUUUGACAGAUGAAGGUUGUUCAGCUCUCACUUCAGCACUGAAAUCAAACCCAUCACAACUGAGAGAGCUGGACCUGAGUGGAAAUCAACUAGGAGACUGUGGACUGAAAAACAUUUGUGAUCUACUGAUGAACCCACAAUGCAAUCUGGAAAAGCUAGAGCUGUGUGGAUGCAGUAUUAAAGAGAAACACUGUUACCUUCUGAGUUCAGCUCUGCGUCUAAACCCAUCACAUCUGAGAGAGCUGGACCUCAGUGGGAAUGAACUAAAAAACACAAGAGUGAAGCACUUAUGUGACGCACUGAAGGAUGCACACUGUAAACUGGAGAGACUGAGGUUAAGGUACUGUGAUAUGACACAUGAGUGUUGUUCUGCUCUGACUUCAGCUCUGAAAUCAAACCCGUCACACCUGAGAGAGCUGAACCUGAGUGGGAACAAACUAGGAGACUCUGGAGUUGAAAACCUCGGUGAUCUACUGAUGAACCCACAAUGCAAUGUGGAAAUACUAGAUCUGUGUGAAUGCAGUAUUACAGAGGAACAGUGUCUCACCCUGAGUUCAGUUCUGAAAUCAACACACCUGAGAGAGCUGGACCUCAGUGGGAAUAAAAUGAAAAACACAGGAGUAAAUCACUUAUGUGACGUACUGAAGGAUUCACACUUUAAACUGGAGAGAUUGAGGUUCAGAGGCUGUGAUUUGACAGAUGAUGGCUGUUCUGCUUUGACUUCAGCUCUGAAAUCAAACCCAUCAGACUUGAGAGAGCUGGACCUGUGCGGAAAUCAACUAGGAGAAUCAGGAGUGAAAAACCUCAGGGAUCUACUGAUGAACCCAGAAUGCAAUCUGGAAAUACUAGCUCUGUGUGGAUGCAGUAUUACAGAGAAACAGUGUCUCACCCUGAUUCUAGGUCUGUGUUCAAACGCAUCACACAUGAGAGAGCUCGAUUUGAGUGGGAAUGAACUAAAAAACACAGGAGUGAAGCACUUAUGUUACUUACUGAAGGAUUCACACUGUAAACUGGAGAGACUGAGUCUAAAUGACUGUGCCAUUACAGAUGUUGCUUGUUUGGCUCAGUCUUUGGCUGAAACAAAAGCACUACCGUUUUUAAAAGAGCUUGAUCUGAGUAACAAUAACAUUGGAAACUCAAAGAAGCAGCUCAGUGACGUGCUACGAGACUCCAACUGUAAACUGAGCCUAGAGAGAGAGCACUGGUUUAGCUGGAGAGCUGGUGUGAAUCUCAUAAGUAGUUUUGGUGGAUGGAUUACAUCGUUAUCUAAAGCACGGGGACCUGUGAAAUCAGCAGUACAUGAUCAGUCAGCAUCAGGUGGAGCAGAGGAGGAAGAACAGCUUUAAUCAAUCAUUUAGUGCGUGGACAAACUGAUUUCUUUUGCCCUCAGAAAAGACAAAGUAAGGCUGAAUUUCCUAAUAAUCUGACCUCAAGAAUCUUCAUCCUGGAAUAAAUCAAUAACAGUCUCUGAAAUCAUUAAUCUGUAGAAGAGAUAACAAGGAAAGAACACAGGACACCAUCUGGCUCAAUCCUUUCUUAAUUUCUUUCUUGUCUUCUUCAGUGUUAUCCUUUUUAUUCGUAUAGGUAUAAUUAAACAUUUUAUUUUAAGGUGAGAUCUUUCUUUAUUUUAACCUACACAUUUUAGAACAACACAAAGCUGUGUCUAAUACAAAGUCAAGAAAUUUGUCACAAACUUCUCUCACAAUGCCUAAUUCUUGAAUUAUUUUGAGAAUAAUUCUUUAGGAUUAUGAAUUUUGUGUUUCAUGCUGAUCCUUUAUGUAACCAUAUUUCUAUGUCAGACCUUGCAUUUUACUGACUACUGACAAAUUAAAAAGAAAUGAUACAAGAAAAACAUGAAAAUGUAAUAGUGU